GAAGCAUAUAGCCGAGCAGGCUGCGCUGCGGCACGAUAUCCCCUAUGGACGCCACAGGAGAAGCGUCCACUCCCAGGAGUCCAGAAGUUCACGGGCGCGCUUCUCGACGAAUAACCACCGAACAAGCACUGGCCUGUGGCUGACCAGCGAGGCGAGCAUGGCCGCAUCGCUGCAUCACUGCAUUGCUGCACCGCUGCGCCGCUGCAUCGAUGCCCACUCCAUGCUGCAUGCAUGCUCCCAUCGAGGACCCCCGCAAAGCCAGCAAAGGCCCGCUGCUGGCGCCCAGGCGAAGCGAGCGGCACGCAAAAUCCCCACAUCGACCCGACCGAACCUGGAGCUGCUCAGUGUGCUUGCUCAAUGCUCAAUCAGUGCUGUACUGGGACCGGGACUAAGAAGCUUCUCGCUCUCGCUCGCACCAGCACUUGCAGCACUUGCAGCACUUCCAGUUAGCACGCUCCAGCCUGCCCAGCCCAGCCCCAGCCCAGGAAAGCAAGAGAGCAAGAAAGGCCAGAAGCUCGGCCGAGCAAGGGCGUGAGCAGGAUCCCACUAGACCGGGCCCCCGCUGGCUCCCCAAAUAAACCUCCCUCUGUCGCAACAGCCUGCCUGACGUUCCACCACAAUGGUUCCGUCAAGAUGGAGGCUCAAAGCCUGUCGACCUGCAAUCAAUGUGGCAAGAAGUUCCAGCGCAAGGCCCAUCUGCUGCGGCACCAGCAGCAGCACUCCGGAGAUCGCCCGUACAGCUGUAAAUUCUGCUCCAAGACCUUCAAACGCAGCGAUGU